GCCACGCGCGUCUCGCGGCGAGCGGCAGACGGCCCAGUUGUCAUCCGACAGUGCUGAGAGAAAGACGCGGUCGCUCGAUCGGCGUGUUCUCCAAACUUGACGAAACUUUGUGAAGUGAAGUGAUGAAUCCCACCCGGAUCCGCCGGACCCUGGACUAAGUCAGAGGGGAUGGCACAGGACCGCCUGGUGGAGGAGAUAGUGCUCCUCGCUCUGUUCCUGGUCUCCACGGCGGGAAAUUCCCUGGCUCUUUUGGUAUUUUACCGCCGACCUGGAUUGAGGACUGUUUCGAAUCGAUUUGUGAUAAACCUGUUAGCGACGAACUUGGUGACGACGUCGCUCCUGGCGCCGGCGCUGCUGGGCGAGUACUCCGGGCGCGGCGCCGCGUGGGUGGAGGCGGGCGACACCGCCGCCGCCGCCUGCAGCCUGGUGGCGCUGCUGGCUGUCACGCUGGUGGCGGUGGAUCAGCACCACGCCGUCACCGAUCCCCUGCGCUGCCACACGCGCCUGCUGCAGCGCCGCCCCGCAGCGCUGUGCGCCGCCACUUGGCUGGCCGCCGCCGCCGCCGCCGCGCCUCGCGCCGCCCUCGCCGCCGCCCGCCUCGCCUACCCCGCCCACCCCGCCGUCGCCGCCGCCGAGAUCGCCUACUACGCGGCCUACCUGGUCGCCGUGCUCGCGCCCGUCGGCGUCGUGUGCGUCAUGUACUCCCGCAUCUAUCGCGCGGCGCGCUCGUCCGGGCUCCGCGCGCGGGCCAACGGCGCGAGCGCCCCGCACCUCGCCGAGCCCACCAUCAACUUGCCCGACCUCAUCGAGGAGGGCGAGGGCCUCACCCUGCGGAUCGACGUCCCCGAGGGCGCGGACGGCGAGCACAAGUUCGGCACCUUCCUCGUGCCGCCGGAGGCGCCGUCGCGCUGCCCCUCGGUCGGCAGCCUGCGCGGCUCGCGGCGGGACGGCGGGGCGCCCGAGAGUCUCGCCCGGAGCCUCCCGGCGGUGAGCUCGGCGCCGUCGCUGGCCGCGCCACUGCUAUGCGCGCCGCGCCCCCCCGCGCCGGCCAACACCGGCUCCAAGAUCACCUCGAUCCGCUACCGGAUAUCGAACGCGUCGCUGUUCCGGUACCGCGAGGAGUCACGCGCGGCCCGCGUGGGGCUGCUGACGGGCGCGCUGGUGGCGCUGCACGUGCCGCACGCGCUGGCGGCGCUGCUGGCGGCGGUCGCGCCGGAGACCGCCGUGGCGCGGGCGCCGGCGCUGGCGCUGCUGCUGCUGGCGUCGGCGGCGUGCCCGUUCCUGUUCGCGCUGCGGUCGCGGCGCGUGCAGCGCGAGGCACGGCGGAUGUUCCUGCCGCAGAAGUCGGGGUGGGAGCGCGGCGCGGCGGCGGCGGCGGCGGCGGCGGACGGCCAGCGCGCCCGCUCGGCGCUGGAGCUGCUGCGCGCGCUGUCGCCGCGCGAGGGGGAGGCGGCGCGCUCGUCGUUCAGCUCGGGGGGCAGCACGCAGGUGUCCUCGGCGUCGGAGGAGUGACCCGCCCCCCGCGCGGCGCCCCCCGCCGCCCGCGCGCGCCCUCCGCCUCCCGCCCGCCCCACCGCGCUACUCAUCUGUGAUACUAGGUUAAGUCGGCCCGCGCUCGGCGCGACCGUUAGACUGAUUUAGGAUAAGAACGUAAUUUAUUAUUGUGUCCAUGUACCUUUCCGCUGAGCGGAGCCAGUGUCGAUACCUGAUGUGAAAAUGUAUGAAAAUAUAACAUUUGUAUUGAAGUGUAA